AUGCCCCGUUACAGAGGGAAGCUUAACACUAUGAUUUUCCUGCUGAUCCUGCAGGGAGCAGCGGUGGUGCUCCUCUGUGGCUGGUACAUCCGACUAACCCCUUGUGACUCCAAUCCAUCCAAUGGGAAAGUCCACGUUUUGCUUCUGUCAUCGUGGCGAUCAGGAUCAUCCUUUGUUGGUCAGGUGUUCAGUCAACAUCCGUCUGUCUUCUACCUAAUGGAACCUGCCUGGCACAUUUGGACUAAACUCAAGAACUCUGGCGCGCAGGCAUUACGCAUGGCUGUAAGGGAUCUAAUGCGCAGCGUGUUCCAUUGCGACUUCUCUGUGACGGAGGCCUAUCUGCCGGAGCGUUAUAAUGUUUCCUCUUUGUUCAUGUGGAGUCACAGUCGAGCGUUGUGCUCACCACCAGCUUGUUCGCUCACACCACGUGGCGAUUUCAGCAAUCAAACUCAGUGCUUGAAAACAUGCGAAGCCAUGGGACAUCAGGGUGUGCAGGACGCCUGCGUUUCUUACAGUCAUGUAGUUUUAAAAUCGGUGCGCGUUUUUGAGCUGGAAUCCCUAUACCCGCUCUUUGAGGACCCGAGCCUCGACCUCCGCAUCAUUCAUCUGGUUCGGGAUCCACGGGCCGUGGUGCGGUCAAGGGAACAGUCUGCCAAAGCUUUCGUCAGUGAUAGCGCCGUCGUGUUGGAGCAGAGGAGCAUACCGGCGGCUGAGGUACAAUACCAAGUCAUGCAGGAAAUCUGCCAAAGCCACGUCCGCAUUAGUGAAAGGGCCCUGCAGACACCCCCGCCGUUCUUAAAAGGCCGGUACAAAAUGGUUCGCUACGAGGACGUGGCCCGAAAUCCGCAAGAAGAAAUACGCGCCAUGUAUGAGUUUGUAGGUCUGGACAUGACAAAUCAGAUGGAAGGAUGGAUUUAUAAGCUGACUCAUGGAAAAGGCAAAGGUUCUGUGAAAGAGGCCUUUCAAAUAACUUCAAGAAACGCUGCCGACGUUUCCCAGGCCUGGCGCACCACGCUGCCGCACAAUAAAGUCAAGCGCAUCCAGGAAGUGUGUAAGGCGGCCAUGUCGCUGUUCGGGUACACGACUGUUAACAGCGAUAAAGAACAGAAGAAACUCGACAUUGAUUUACUGGUACCACGUAAACCGUACCAGUUCAGUUGGUUACCAGCCAGAACAGAGCGCCCUGGUAAAGGUUAA